AUGAGCGGGCGGCCGCGGUGUCCCCCUCAUUGGCUUCCGGAUCCCCUUUCUCUCCGAGAGGACUGGGGCCGAGUGGCUUGUGAGGCCGUGAUGAUGGGGGAGGCAUCAGAGUUGUGCUUUUAGAUCAGCGACUUCCUGUUCUCACCAUGGACAAAGUGGAGAAGACAGAAGUGGUUCUCCUGGCAUGUGGCUCCUUUAACCCCAUCACCAACAUGCACCUCAGGCUGUUCGAGCUGGCCAAGGACUACAUGGACGGAACAGGAAAAUACAGAGUGAUCAAAGGCAUCAUUUCACCCGUGGGCGACGCGUAUAAGAAGAAGGGACUCAUCCCAGCACACCACCGGGUCAUCAUGGCGGAGCUGGCCACCAAGACCUCCUGCUGGGUGGAGGUGGACACGUGGGAGAGCCUGCAGAAGGAACACCAUCAAGAGAAGCUGGAGGCUGGCCACUAUAAUCAGCAGCAGAACUCCCCUGUGCAGGAAAAGCCUGGCCGGAAGCGGAAGUGGACUGAACAAAGACAAAAUUCCACUCAAAAGAAACCCCCGGAGCCAAACCCAAAAGGUGUGCCCAAGGUGAAGCUGCUGUGCGGGGCGGACAUGCUGGAGUCCUUUGGGGUGCCCAGCCUCUGGAAGAGCGAGGAUGUCACGCACAUCGUGGCGGACUACGGGCUCAUCUGUGUCACCCGGGCCGGCAGCAAUGCUCAGAAGUUCAUCUACGAAUCGGACGUGCUGUGGCAGCAUCAGGGCAACAUCCACCUGGUGACCGAGUGGAUCUCCAACGACAUCUCCUCUACCAAGAUCCGAAGGGCACUGCGCCGUGGCCAGAGCAUCCGCUACCUGGUGCCGGACCUGGUGCAGGACUACAUCCAGAAGCACGACCUCUACAGCACUGAGAGCGAGGAUAGGAACCUGGGGGUGACCCUGGCGCCCCUGCAGCGAAACACCGGGGAGGCCGAGUCCUAGAACCCUCGGGGCCCUCAUGCCCACUGCCAGACCUGUGAAAGUUUGAUAAAAGUCAGCAGAAAAUGAAAGUCACAUUUGGGUUUUUUUUUUUCUUUUUACCAGAGUUGCUAAGAUGAACAGUUUUUUAGGAGGGUUUUUUUUUUUUUAGUUCUUCUAUUGGUACAUUUUAGGUAUACAGUUCGUUUACAUUUAUCAUGGGGUGCUUGUACCUGUACAUGAUAUAUCUUGGUUCUUAUUUUUUUUUCCCCAUUACCUGUGCACCCUUCACCCCCUCCGCCCUUCCCUAUUUACAUAGAUUUCAUUUCCAUUUUUUUUUCUUUUCUCAUAGUUUUUCCUUUCCCUCUUUUCCUUUCCCCUUAGGAAGGUCUUUUAAAGAAUGUUGCCAGGCGUGCUGGUAGUGCCUAUAAUCCCAGAAUUUGGGAGGCUGAGGAAGGAGGAUCCUUGGGAGUUUGAGGCCAGCCUGGGCCUGUAGUGAGACUCAGUCUCAGCCCCACCCUCAAAUUAAAGAAUGUAGAAAUCCCUUUA